AUGGGUCCGUCGAUGAGGUCGGGCUCGGUGGCGGGGAGGGACUCGUCGACAUCUAAUGUCGGGUCGACGCCGUUCAGCCUCGGCGUCUUGCUUGCGAUUGUGAUCGGUGGGAGCGCCGCGGUGUGCAUUGGAGGUGCGUUCUUCUGCGUGUGGCUUUCACGCAAGCGUGCUGCCAAACGCCGUGAUCUCGACUAUGUCGAUGCCUCCGAGGCUUUCCCCCACGACGACGCCGACAGCACCGGCACACGAGCCCAGAGCCCAAGACGUUUACAGAAACGACCUUCGCACUCGCCAGAGAAGAGGAGGUCAACCCGGAACUCUUUCCUCCACAGCUUCUCAGUGCCAGUCCUCUCGCCCAUGUUUGGUAACGACAACAAUUUUGGACCUAUUCGUACAAAAGGAGGCGAAAGCUUGACGAGGCUGCGGAGUUCAAGCUGGAUCGACGAGGAUGCCAUCCACGGGCCCAAGGUCAAGAGACACGGUACACACGGCCGCAAGUCCAUACGAGAUUCGUGGCCGCUGAGGUCGUUGCUCCCUGGCUCCCCGACUGUCCCCAAGGUGCAACUUGAACACCACCCGGGGCCGUACACACGAGCUCGGUCGUCACUCAGCGCGUCCACGGUGUCGAUGCCGAGCAUGCCCGUGCGCCAGCUGCCCGAGCCUCCCAAGCCUGCACACCUGCGUCCGGCGGACCCUCAGGCCUCCAUGGGUGUUCCUUAUGUCUAUGAGGACUUCCACCAGGAGCAGAGUGCAGAUGUUGCCCAAAAAAGCAGCCCGACGAGAUCACACACGCGCAAUAUCUCGACCGAUUCGACACUAUCGGAGAUUCUGCGCUCAACGGAGAAGCGAUUGCAGGAAGGCGGCGGGAGUGGGCGAAGAACAACAAGGUCUACCAUCUCGCCAACGAGAAGCCUCCGUGCUGCCCAAGCCGAGUCGGGUGAUGAAUCAGCGUCCUGGCACAUGCGGUCGCGGACUCCUAGUCCCGCAAAGUCCGCUCCAAAUAUGCCAUACCCAACUGCGCCGAGCCACGCCAAACAGCUCUCGCAAGCGUCGGCAAACUCGGAGGCUGACAGCAUCUUUGAUGCUUACGGCGACUCCAGCCCAGAACGCAACGACGUACCCACGGCCCUGACGAGUCCGAGCCGGGUCCGUCGUGGCGAGCAAGACAAGUCCAGGCACAGACACGUAUCCACCAGCAGCAGCGCUUCGUCCACAUUGUCAACAGUGUACAGUGAAAUAGAAGUACCUGGCGACCGGAACCGCAUUCCCGCGGUACCAACCAACAUGCCGGAAGAGGUGGGCAAGAUUAUCAUGGCCCGGGCGGCAGCGCAAGGGGAUCCGUUCAUCUCCAGCAACUCCCCUGGGAGCAUGGGGAGACCUCUACAAAUGGCCACCCCGCCGAGGGCCCUUCCUCUCCACGGCACGGCGCCUCGAUUCCAGCCGAGUUCGGCCAAGACAUUUUCCUCGCUUCCUCUGGGGGGCGACUGGGAGAGGAGCCCGGCGUCCAAAGACGGUACCAAGUCGUUAGAUGCCACCCCGACCCACUCCAGAUUCGCUAUGCCUGAACGCGAGACUUCUGAAGAUCUGAGUCGCCAUGACUCCAGCCGGUCGCAGGUUGUGUACCCCCCGCCGCUUCGGCUCAACUCGACCUCGCAGAAGUUCGAACCGAAGAGCGUGUCUCCAAACACGGACACUCUGAACAGACCUGGUGUUCUCAUCACCAGUCCCACCACGCCUGGACUCGGGCUGGGCAGGGUGCGGGUGCAUAAGGUGGCCGAGGUGGUGCCACCACCGCAUAACCUGCGGCCUAUCUGCAGCUCACCCACACUGGGACGAGAGGGGAGUCCCACAGAAGACGACACGCUCCCUCCACUCCCUGGGAGCCCUGAGUUGAGACUGAUCGGCCAGCGCAAGAUCACGGCCAACCCCGCGUCUCCUACCGCGGGAGAGAAGAGCCCGCAGCUCGGGAGGAUGCGGGGCAGCAUCCGGAUCGUCUCGGCAGCAUCAUCCAUCUACUCGCAGUUCCCAGAGGAGACAACCGGGAAUGUCAAGUCGCCCGUCGAGAAGCCAUCCGAUCCCAACUGGGCGCGCGUACCGCUAUCGCAUGAGAACAAGGACAACCUCCAGGUGGCAUCGACCAUUGGAGAGCUACGGCGCAUGAACAGUGCUGUGAGCGCCUAUAGCGCGGCGUCGAGCUAUUACAGCGCCACAUCGAACCAGGACGCCGAAACGGUGCCUCUUCCAGUCCUCAGAGGCGGCGGUUGCAGUCCGUCACGGAAAGGCGGAGGCACCCGGCGCUACCUGGAGCUCGGCAGCAAUAACAACUCGCCCAGGUCGACGUUGAAGACUGGUUGCGGUCUAGACCAAGCCGGGGAGGCAGACGAGCAGAAGGAGAAUGCGCCCGAGCCGGGCAAGGUCAGCAUUAUCAGCAUGCCGCGGAUCGAAGUGGAGAUGCACAGCACGCCCGGGACUAAGCGAAAAAGAGCAUCGGGAUACAGCAGUGGCGCGCCGCAAUUCCAGACGCCGAGAAAGACUGCAAAGAACCGUCUGAGCGAGAGGAUCAGCACAGCGGCCAUCAUGGAAGAUAGCCCGGGCCUAUACGAUCGAGAUGGGUUUCUGAUAUGCUCCCCGCCCAAGACAUGA